GCCGGUCCCGUCCGGGCCGCCCACCGCCGCCCCUUCCAGAAGCCGCCCGUCCCUGACUGUUCCUGCGGGGCUUCAGCCUCGGCCGAGGGCGCAGCUGCUGUCACCCCCUCAUCCGCGCGGUGUCCCCCGCGCCAGCCUUGGGGCCCUUCCUGCUCGCUCGCCCGCGCGGGCCCGGGAGGGCGCGGGGACGACGGGCCGGGGCGGGGUCGCCGCGGGAAGGGCCGCUCUGCGCUCUUGGCUGCAGCGUCGCCGCCACACCGCUGGGAGCCCAGUGGGUCGUCCGUCGCGUUCCCUCCCUUGUAGCCGAGACCGCGAUCCAAGCGGGUGUUACAGACUCCCGCGCAGGCGUCCGGCGGUGGAGACGGGAGCUGGCUGUCCCCGUGGCCUGUGCCGCCUCGGGUGGGCCUCCCGCGUCUCUGCACUGACCCGCCGGGGGGUACCAGCUCUCGUGGCUCAGAGCCCCUCGCUUAGGGCUGAAGAAGAUGCAGAGCAGCCUAAAGCUGGUCGACUGUAUCAUCGAGGUCCAUGAUGCCCGGAUCCCACUUUCAGGCCGCAACCCUCUGUUUCAGGAAACCCUCGGGCUUAAGCCUCACUUGCUUGUCCUCAACAAAAUGGACUUGGCAGAUCUGAAAGAACGGCAGAAAAUUAUACGACACUUAGAAGGAGAAGGCCUGAAAAAUGUUAUUUUUACCAACUGUGUGAAGGAUGAGAAUGUCAAGCAGAUCGUCCCUAUGGUCACGGAAUUGAUUGGGAGCAGCUACCGCUAUCACCGAGGAGAGAGCCUGGAGUACUGCAUCAUGGUCAUCGGGGUCCCCAACGUGGGCAAGUCCUCACUCAUCAACUCCCUGCGGAGACAGCACCUCAGGAAAGCCCCCUUCUGUCCUGCAGGAAAAGCUACCAGGGUGGGCGGCGAGCCUGGGAUCACCAGGGCUGUGAUGUCCAGAAUUCAGGUGUGUGAGCGGCCGCUGAUGUUCCUGCUGGACACCCCUGGGGUGCUGGCGCCCCGGAUCGAAAGCGUGGAGACAGGCCUAAAGCUGGCCCUGUGUGGAACUGUGUUGGACCACCUGGUCGGGGAGGAGACCCUGGCUGACUACCUCCUCUACACCCUCAACCGGCAUGAGCUCUUUGGGUACGUGCAGCACUACGGCCUGGGCGAGGCCUGUGAUGACAUCGUGAGUGUGCUGAAGCGCGUGGCCGUGAAGCUGGGGAAGACGCAGAAGGUGAAGGUGCUGACAGGCACAGGUGACGUGAAUGUCAUCCAGCCAAACUACCCCGCGGCAGCCCGUGACUUCCUCCGCACCUUCCGCAGUGGGCUGCUUGGCCCGGUGAUGCUGGACCGGGACACUCUGCAGAGCCACCCCUCGGCAGGGGCCCAGGGCCACCGCCCUGCUGAGACGGACCCCUGAACUGGCCCAGCCAGCGAGGGCCUCACUCCUGCCCAGUCCUCGGCACCAGAGAUGUGUGGUGUCCAGACCUUCGUGGCCAGAGGUCUGAACUCAGGACUCCCUUUCCAGAAGCUCCGCGCUGGUCACUGUACACCCAGGUCUCCGCUCCAGGAAGGAGCCAGCUCUCCUGUUGCGCCAUGGCUGGGCUAGCUCCUGGGUACGGGGGACUGUGCCUGGGUGUGGACGUCAGGGUGGCUGACGUCCCUGAGUGGUCCCACAGCCUGGCCUGGCAGGGAGGCUGUCUCAUGCUCAGUGUCCCUUAAGGAGAACUGAUGUCGUCUCAGAAAGAGUUGAAGCUAUAAUCUGUAAUUUUUAAAAUUUAAAUUAAAAGACCUGUCUGUGC